AACAUUACUGUCUCCAGCGAUUAUCGGAAGUUGGGGAUGACUCUAGUCAGGAAAUGGCGACAUUUUACUCAAGCAGUUUAUCCGUCAAUGUCCUUAGCCAGUAAGAGUAAGAUGAACGACAAUGUUUCUACUAUUGUGUUGGGCUUAUUUACCGUUCGUAUUUUCAUCAGUCAAUCUGGCGCUAAAUCGCGUCACCACGAUGACGUCACUUUCCCGCUCUAUUGUUGACGCCUCCUCAUCUAACGCCGUGGACGGCAACAACGACACAAACGUUCUGAAUGGACACUGCAGUCUGACGGACGAGACCGGAAACUACGGCACCGCCUGGUGGAGGACUCGCCUGUCAUCUGCUUCCUACAUCAAAUCCAUCAACAUCGUCUCUAGGAAUCUCUAUGAGAGUCGUUUGGCGGGCCUGUCGGUCUAUGUGUCAACGGGAGCGUUAGCUGACAACCAGUUCUUUGUUCACCCCUAUGUGUUCUACGACCGCGGACCAAGUCAACCCAGUUCAAACAUCGUCAUCAAUCUCCAGGAACCGGUCCUGGGGGAUUAUGUCACCAUCUUCAAUAACCGAACAAAUCGCCCUCUACCGCCCGUGUAUAGUAACUCGGCUAUACUCGAACUCUGUGAGGUCGAGGUCAAUGGUUGUCCCCUGGGGUGGUACGGCCCCUCCUGUCAGUUAGGCUGUCCCGCCAAGUGUCUGGACGGUGUGUGUGACCCAGAUAAUGGACGCUGUUGCCGCGGAUGCCAGGACGGCUACACGGGCGACCUCUGUAAUCAAAACUGCCCGCUGGGAUUCUUUGGCCGCGGUUGUCAGCUCCGAUGUGGGUCCUGUGGGAUGAGCAUGCCAUGUGACCCCGGCAGUGGCGAGUGUCCUAACGGCUGUCGGGCCGGGUACGCGCCCCCGUACUGCAACCAGACAUGUUCGUGGGGAUAUUUCGGGGUCUCAUGCUCCGAGAAAUGUCGGCCGUGCCCACAAAACCAGACUUGUAACGCCAUGAAUGGAGAAUGUCCGAGGCGCGAUACCCUGGGUAUGGGGUCCGCGCCCCCUAACGACCAGGUGUACACGACGGUGGCGGCCGUCCUGGUCCCCCUCAUCCUGGUGAUAGCGGUGGUGAUUGGCUGUGUGAUGUGGCGACACAGGAAUAGUCUUGGUGGUGCCGUGGUUUAUAAAGACAGAAUGGCGGCAUAUAUUUCUGAGAAAACUCAAAACGGGACGGAAUAUCUCCGGAGAAAAAGUCGGAGGAGUCUAACCAGGAUGACCAAGAUGAUCCGAAGGGGACAGUACACUCGUAAUGUCUCGGAGGAGAUCGCCCCGCCCAUUAAAGAAAACACACGCGGCAAAGAAAACGUUUAUAUCAAUACUGGAAUCGACAAAGUUCCAAUCAUUACAUUAGAGGAGACUGGGUCCCAGGGAGAAAGUGGACCCACCCCCACCGAGGCCCCGGCCAGACCGGAGUUACCCGCCAAAAUCAGCACCCCGUACGAAAACACCAGGAUCCACGAAAUGGCCAUCAAAGAGCUGAUGUACGUAGUCACUGAGAACUCUAAGGACAACAACAGACAGCUCAAAGAACAAUUCAAGCAACUAAAAUAUGGACAAAAUGCCAGAUGUGAUGCUGCUAAAAAGACAGAGAAUACUUCUAAAAACAGAUUCAAAUCAAUAUAUGCAUAUGAUCACAGUCGAGUCAGAUUGAAGAAGGACGAGAGCGGCAAGUCGGACUAUAUCAACGCCAACUACAUCGAUAGCGUGGACGAGCCCGCGUACUACAUUGCCUGUCAAGGUCCAAAGGCGAACACGUUGUCCGACCACUGGCAGAUGAUAUGGCAGGAAAACAUCGCCAUUGUGGUGGCACUGGCCAACGUCUAUGAGAACGGGAAGGCAAAAUGUCAUCAGUACUGGCCGGAGAGAGACCAAAACAUCCACACCGGAAAGUUUGUGAUCCGCCAACAAAAUAGAAAGGACUACUCGUUUUAUUGCGUGCGGUACCUGUCCGUCCUCAAUAGAAAGACAAAAGAGGAGCGGACGGUGGUUCAGUUUCACUUCCGGGAGUGGCCAGACCACGGCGCCCCCGAACAUAUGAGUCUUCUCACCUUCCAAACGCACGUGCGGAAAGAGAAGGGUAGAAUGGUCGGUAAAAUACUGGUUCACUGUAGUGCCGGCGUGGGACGUACGGGGACGUUUCUUGCGGUGGAUGCUCUGCUGGACAAUGGGCGGAAAACUGGACAAGUGAAUGUGUUCGACUACGUCCGGAAAAUGAGAGAAUGCAGAAUGAACAUGGUGCAAACUGAGACGCAGUAUAUUUUUGUCCAUGAAGUUUUGUUCGAAGCUUUCCGAUACAAGUCUCAUGCUAUAUUAUACCGCGAAUUUGCAAAGGAGUUUAAAAAGCUAUAUGGAGGCGACCAGCCUACCAAUGAAAACCCACUACGGAUGGAAUAUAAUGACAUCGAGUCGAUGAAACCCAGCUACCCACAGUCCCGGUACAAAGCGGCUCUGAAACCUAUCAACAAAACCAGAAACCGCGAGGAGGAGGCCAUGCCAGUGGAUGACUAUAGGGUUUACUUGACAACCCCAGUGGUGGGACGGAAUGAUUAUAUCAAUGCAGUUUUCCUUUCCACAUACACAGAGGCUAACGCGCUGGUGGUCACGUGCUCACCUCUAUCACACAACGUGGGCGACAUCUGGCGGAUGGUUCAUGACCAUAACGUCGAUGCCAUCGUCCUCAUGGGAUCCUCGGGCAUACCUAAAUUUUCCCACUGGCUGCCCUCUUCUGAGGAAACAAUGGAAUUUGACCCUUUCAUUGUCCGGAGAGCAAUCAGUUUCGCAGGUCAUGAGGAAAUCGUGGAAUCCACGGCCAAAUUCCACAUGCAGGAAAGUCAGGAAACAGAGGAGGUAAAGAUUUUUGAGUUCCUUAACUGGGAAAUCAAGAACAAGUUCCCGACGUCACCGAAGAUAAUGGUAAAGAUGAUCGAACACGUCCACGACUGGCGGAAGACUCGCAACACGGACGGUCCUAUACUGGUCGUAUCCGUUGAUGGUGUGAAAUGGUGCGGGGUUUUCUGCGCCGGAUAUAACGCCGUGGAACAGCUUACGUUAGACGACGAGGUAGACAUGUUCAACAUCGUCCGGCUCAUGCGCGUCCGCCGACCGGAACUUGUGCCGUCUUUUGAGGAGUACCAGUACUGCUACCAAGUUGUCCAGAACUACCUCCACAGUGGGGGACCGUAUGAAAACGUGGACCUGUCGUGGGAGGGUUAGACCCGCCGUGGGAGGGAUAAAGCAGUCUCAGGGACCUCGAGCAGCUCAUCUCAGCCUGGUGUGAUAUUCUGUCUCAUCUAAGCCUGGUGUAAUAUUUUGUCUGCUGAAAACCUUCAGUGCAUUAACAAUAGUCACUUAAAACAUGACGGUCACUGAAGUUCACUGAAGUCUUCAGACCAUGUGCUACUAUAGUCAUCAUUUUGUGUGUGCCCGCGCGAGUUACUGAUGCUUGUAAAUUGAUGAUUGUAGUUCAGAAACAUAUAUAUGAUAAUAUGCCUUGUAAAAUAGGUAUAUAAUAACUCUCAUUAUGAAAGUUGAUGUGAUGUAUGCAUCUUUUUGGUUGAGUGGUUAUUAAGUUAUUCAUAUUAUUUAAAUGAUUACAUGCUGUAUAUUCACAUUGUUAUGGCUUAUAUUUGUUCAUUUACAUCUUGCCUUCUGUAAAGACACCUCCUGUUACCCAUUUCCCACCAAAAUUCAGCAUCUUGCCAUCAAGUACAAUUAUUUUUACUGGUGUUGUUGUUCAUAAUAAACAUAUCAGACAGCAUA